UGACCAUUCAACCAAUUCCUUGAGUGUGGAACAGCUAGAUAUUUUACCGCCUGGACUAUCUUAGUAAGGACAGUGAACACCAGAUGAACACCAGUGCCCCUGACACUGGGAAGACGAUACCGUUUUCUUUUUUCGUGUCGCUUCUACGAGAAAUAUCUAAUCUUCCAGCGAGGUCGGCUUCGUCUCGAACUAACAAUCAUUCCGCGCGGGCUGUUGCCGCUCGAUGGGUUGCAGCUCUGCGUAAAGACUAUUCGCCUCUUCCUCGCGGCACCACCGCGACCGUCCUCCGUCUUUUAUUUCCAGAGGAAGAUACGCCGAGGAAGUAUGACUUGCAAGAAGCACGUCUAGCCUCUUAUCUCGGUGGUUGUCUCGACUCCUCGACGCUGAAGAGCUGGUCGAAAGAGUCUUUUUCUGGUUGUCUCGGUGAAGAGUUGCUCAAGUUCGCUGUUUCAGGGACGGAGGGAAAUGUAGGUCCCAAGAGUCUCCAAGAAUUUUCGGACAAGUUCUUCCACGCAGCCUAUCCCUCGCCUCGCUCAAAAACAAUCAUAUUGCGCGCAUUAUAUGAUUCCCUCCCCGCAACUAAUGCUGCCUACCUAACCCAGAUAAUCCUGAAAGACCUCCGUCCGCUACUAUAUGCGCCUCCAACUACUUCGACGAGUCAUGUCCUACUCGACUAUAAUACUAGGAGCAAGCAAGCUCUGACGAAGGAGCAGUUUAUGACGUUGUGGGACCCGUCUAAGAUGCUACUUCAAAUGUGCAGGGUGCGUGCGAGACUGGACGAGGCAGCCAUGGGUUUUGAAGCAGGCGGGACUCUCGUGCAAGCUCGACCACGAUGUGGAGUGCCAAUAGAGAUCCCAAAAUCGGCUAAAGGUCGCUGUCCGCAACACGCCCUAGAGCUCCUAGAUUCUUGUGACCGAAUCUGGGCGGAGACCAAGUACGAUGGCGAGCGCGCACAGAUACACGUUAACUACAGCUCCGACGGCGAAAUGAGCAUUUCAAUAUUUAGUAAGAGCAAACGAGACUCGACAUUGGAUCGAGCGGCUGUCCACCCCAUCAUCAAGGAGGCUUUGUCUGCUAUGCCUUCCCAGCCAAUCAUUCUCGAUGCUGAGAUGGUGGCAUUCUCGGAAGAACGGGACGCGAUCGAUGAAUUUUGGCGCAUACGUGGGCUCAUAGCUCGGUCAGCGCAAGGUCCCAGGUCAAAUAUAAUUUCUGGAAAGGGCGAACAAGCAUACGAUUCUCACUCCCUAGACACCUGUCCGUCCUUACACUCCAAUUGCUCAUCUGACUCAUCGGGUGGGCUGCACCUAGCUCUCGUAUUCUUCGACGUACUUCUCGUGGGGUAUGCAUCGUUUCUGAAUGUUCCAUACGCCAUGCGCCGCUCUGUUCUGGAAAGCGCCGUUCGUGAGAUACCCGGCCGAGCUAUUAUCGCCAAGCGAGAACUCAUUUCUUGCGGCCCUGAAACGAGUAUAGAGAAUGCGUCACAGAGACUGAGAGAAGUGUGGGCGCAGAAAAUUGUGGAUUGCGAAGAAGGCCUCAUCCUCAAAGCAGGGGAAAGUGUCUACGAAGACUGGAAGUUGCCCUGGGUCAAACUGAAGAAAGACUACGUUCCCGGACACGGUGACACGAUCGAUCUCGUUAUUGUUGCAGCUGGCUGGGACAAAGACAGGGCUCGCGAACUACGAGUCCCUCCUUCGAUAUUGACGACGUUCUACGUCGGAGCACUUGGAAAUUCUUCGCAAAUGAAAGCUAAGCCAGGCGUCAAGCCACAUUAUGUCGUCUACUUUACAGCUUCAUAUGGACUGACACGCGAACAACUGGAAGAAUUCAACUUUUGGAUGAGAUCCGACUCGGUCGACUCGCAGGAAGAACUCAGUGUACUCCCUUACACCUACUCGAUGUUGCGAACCCUGCCGAAACCUUCAGUCUUUGUUACGAGUCCGAUACUGGUUGAAUUGUGCGGUGCUGGAUUCACCAAGAGUCCGCAGUGCAAGUAUUAUGAGUUACGUUUCCCCCGGAUAACCAAGACCUUCCGGCCAUCCGAAAGGUCUUUCAUGGAAUGCCUCACCCUUCGCGAAUUACAAACCGUCGCUUACGCAGCCAUCGGCCGUGAGGCUCAAGAUGCCAAUGAGUAUGGUGGCAUAGAAGAGUGGAGCAGGCGCUUAUGGGGAAAGCAGUGCGAGAAUCAGGUGCAAUCCGAUGAGAAGCAAGUGAAGCGAAUGCACUCGAGAGACGAGUGGGAGCAUAAACUUCAGACGGAGGAUCUGCGCAGAAGGAACGGGAAGAGAAGGCGUGAAGAGGUGGAGAUGUCACCCUGAAUUUAGGAU